CUGGCUCAAAGACUCUAUCGAAAAUUUGUCACGGGCAUAUACAGUUAAAUUCUCUAACAAUAUGGCCGUGGUCGGUGAUUGUCGUUCGCGAAAAAUCAGAAUCUGAGAAAAUUCUUUUUUAGUUUUGAAGUUUUUCCUCAACAAAAAAACCUUCCUUUUUCGGUUGUUUUGAUUUUUCCACAAACGGGUGUUGAUGCGAAGUGAAAAAUAGUGAUUUUAUUUUCAUUUGUUAGAUAAAUAAAUUUGAAGAGUAACACCUUCAUCAAAAAAAAACAAAAACCAAAUAGGAGCAACAUUCGAAGGGAAGAAGAAAAAUAAAACACAGAAGGAAAAAAUUGAAGAUGAACUAAUCCUAGGAAGAACCAAAAUAGCUACCUUAAAGUACGAGUAGAAUAAGUACAAACUGAAGAAAUACAUAGUUAACAAGUCAGUAUAACGCAAACUAAAGAGCCCAUCACUUCGACAUCGCAGAAGUGGAAGCAGAACCAGAACCCGUUAAGAGGACACAGAAGGAAGAAGGAGGCAGGAACGAGGACAUAAUCCUAAGCAAUAUGGAGGACUUAUUCCUCCUGAUAAUCAAGGAAUCAACUGGGACGAAACAUAACACUUUAAAGCAAACGGCUCAGAUAGCUUAUGAUAAAUUGUAUCGCCAACAUGGCAUACACCGAGACCCAUCACAUGAGCUGCGUUCCGUGUGCUUCACUGCACUCCAGAUGGCACUGGAUACGAAACGACCUAAAUUUAUCACAAUGGGUCUCAAUGGAUUGCAUCGAAUUAUCAAAGAUGAAAGAUUCUACAUAGGUCUUGAGCCUGAAGAUGACAGCGUUUGGUUGCCGGCUCAACUUCUGCGAGCUACAGCAAGCAUCACUCCCGGGGUUAAUAAUGAGGACACGGUGGUUAAUGUCCUGCGUCUGUUUCUGGCGAUGGCCUGUUCACCAACGUGCACCCUUAAUGGGCGGCUUCUGAUAGAAAUUCUCUCGAGGUGUGGCGAAUGCUGGGAAGCUGGAUCUAGAGCGAUUAGGGCAGCUUCUCUAGCCGCCGCAAGCCAGUGUCUGCGGACGUUUUGUGCGUUUCUGAUUGACGAAGCCGAAGAGGUUAAGAAAACCGCUCCAGCUGGGCUUAUGACUAUUUCACAGGCUUCGGCUGUUUAUAACGAGGUUAUACCGGUUAUGCAAUGGCUGUGUAGCCGAAUUAUUGAACCUCGUGUUGGCAGUCCGAAAAAGAAUGAAGCUUGCGGCUCGCUAUACCUUACAGAGUGUAUUCUAACAUUGAGUUCCGCCCUUCCAAGGAAUGUGCAUGCAAAUCCACAUUUUACGUCGUUCCUAUGGCAAAAGUUUUGUCCAACUUUAGCCGCAGCUCUAGGCUCACCGGGAAGAGUAAAUUUGGAUAAAAAGUUUACUUAUAAAGAUGCACUUCAUCUGAUUGAAAAUGAGGCAAGAGGAUUUUUCACCGGGCCAGGGCUUGAUGGACCACAAGCUAGAUGUGUUUAUCUUACCGGAAUUCAGUUACUGCGAAUUGCCGGAGCUCAUGGCUCCUUAAGGCCAAUGUUGGAAGCUUUGUUUCAUAGAAUGUUACUUUUGCCAGCUCCUCAGAAUCGAACUGAACCUUUAAAGUGUGUGAGGGAGAUUUUCAAGAGUCCUGAACGUUUGAUUGACUUAGCAGUUAUACUUUAUUUCGAUAAGAACACAGCUCAAGGAUGUAGCGAUGAAAUGGCACUUUUUAGAUUGAUUAUCGAUGCAAUGGAAGAAUGUGCCUUUGCGGCUCACACUGGAACUGGAGUAGAAGCAAGUUUACAAGCGAGUGUGGAAUGCAUGGUAGCUCUUUUGGACAGUCUACAAACUCUUUGCUCUGGAGAUAUCAAUGAAAAUAUAAUCAGUGACCAGAUCGUUGACACAGUUAACAACCGCCAUCCGAAUCUACGUGACGCAGACUACUCAGGUCCUCUGACUUAUCAGUCAAUGGCUCGUCUCCCUGCACAAUAUCGUGAUGCUAUAGCUGAGUUUCGGCAAACGAUUUUUGAAAACUCUUCCGGUUCGGAAAGUGACAACGAACAUAAUGCCGAAAACGACGCAGUCUCAAAUGGCUCCGGCGACACCGAAGGACCCGAGGACGAUAUACCUUCAUCGUCGAGCGACGAAAAUUCCUCGAAAAUUGAAAACCGUUGGCCGUACUCCCAUUUGGAAGCUCCAGUAAUGCCAGUUCGUGGAGAUACUGACAACGAUCGUCAGCAUGCCCGUGAUUUCGCCAAGGCUCUACGAGUAGAUCUUGUUCCGAAGCUCCUGCGUUUGCGUUCGUGUGUUGAAGUUGACGAAGCUAUGCAGGAAUUUGCUUCAACAGUUUGUCAGGAGAACAGCAUGAACUAUUCAGAUUUUGAAUACAAUUUGACCGCAAUCAAUGCUGAUGGAAUUUAUCUAGCAAUAUACUCGGCUCUCUUGUUGAGUCUUCAGCUCACUCGAGCUGGCCACUAUGAUGAUUUGGAAAAGGAGAUCCUGAUUCCAAUGUCAGAGCAACAAUUUGCCACAUCCGUCCAGAAUACAGGUGUCUUAGUUUAUUUAUCAACCCCCUGGCUGUGUGAAUUAUACCAGUCGGUUAUUGUGUUGAAUCCUUUGGAAUCUUUAGAGCGACAUGAGUUGGAGAGCACUCGAUGCGCUUUAGUAGAUAUGUUGUGCGAUGCUGGAGGCAUGGGCUCAACGCAAAUGAUGUCUGAAUGGCAGAGAUUACAAUCAGUGUCGAAGUAUAAUGAAGAACAGCAAAAUGAUAGACGUGAAGCUGCGAAGAAGCUUUGCAGGAGGCUUCUGACGUGUUGUUGGGACUCAAUGGUGAUCGUUCUGAGCUCGGGUUUGGGUGAUUUAACUGGAACUAGCGCCAGCAAGCUUAUGGCCCUAUCAAAGCGAACCUUGAGGGUGAAGAUCAAUAAAACAAACAAAAGCAAUGGUGAGGCGUUGUACGCUAUGUGCUUGGAUGGUCUUCAUUCGGCUGCAACUUUAAGUAAUUCACUCAAUCUUCAGCAUUUAGCUGGAAAGAUUCUUAAUCUUCUGGCUUCGAAUGUGUGUCAUACAUCGGGUCCCCGAAUUUCUGCCAGUCAAGCCAUGUCCAUGGAUGUUGUCUUAACUGGUGGUCUCAACUUGGGCUCCUACAGCCCUGACUGCUGGCACUCUGUAUUUGCGGUUUGCCGUCAUGUUAGCCAACUAGAACAUGACAUAUUCAGUCUUCAGAAUCCGCCAUUAACAACAUCUCCAGGCACCAGCCGGAGAGACAUGGAGACUGGUGAGAAACUGGCACCUCCCCCUGGAAGUGAUAAAUUAAAUUUGUCCUCAAUUCCAAUUGACGAUGAUGAGACUUGCGUUGAUGUUUAUAGUUUCCUUCAAGCUCCCCUCCAGAGCCCCAAUACUAAUGUAACUUCGAUUUUGAAAGUCUACUCGGGGACCAACGAAACAGUUCUCCUUAGCCAAUCGGAUACAUCAAAAGUUCUAUGUGCUCUUUCUCAUCAAGCUGAAAAUCUUUUUGGCGACGCUGCAGAACGAUUAAGUCUACCUUCGUUAUGUCAGUUUUUGAAAAACUUAUGUAGAGCUUCAAGGGAGCAGCUUUACAAAAGUACAGCUACUCGUAAGGGCAGUAGAGUUUGGUGGCCAAGCAAAGGCUGGAAGAAAAUCGAUUCCUUGCCCAUGUCACUUCUGCUCCAUAGAGUUGGAGAUGUAACGUUAAAGGUUUUUAGAAGUUCAAGGCCGUUGUUGCACAUUCUGAAGGUUUGGGCUAUCACGGGACCGCACUUGAUGGAGGCUGCUUGCCACAAGGACCGAGUUAUUUCCAAGCGAUCCAUUGAAUAUAUUCACGAUAUUAUCACAGCUUUGCUUGUAGAGCAAUCGGAAUUGCCACAUUUUCAUUUCAAUGAGGCUCUAUUGAAGCCCUUUGAAAAUCUCUUAAGCAUGGACACAUGUGACGUUGAUGUCCAGGACCAGAUUGUAGCUUGUCUCUAUGAGAUUGUUGAGGCUCAUCGUACCGAAAUCCGUUCUGGCUGGCGCCCACUCUUCGGAACGCUCCGCAAUGCCCGCAGCCGUAUGCUGAACAUGGGCAACAUCAUCGAUAUAUUCCGUGUUUUCCUCGACAGUGACAACACUUUGGUUUUCGCCAAUGCUGGCCUAGACUGUAUCCUAUGUCUCCUUUCGUAUUUAGAAAUCUCCGGAGGUAGCAAUAAUUCGAAUGAUGACAACGAUAACAAUUUCCGCCCAAUAGAAUUCCUUCACGAAACUCUUCGCUUCCUCGAACGCUGUUCCUCGAUUCUUGGUUUCAUGUAUAAUAUGCCAAAAUGUCCGAAUUUCCAUUCAACUUAUAAGAUCAAGGGAAUCUCUUAUACACACAUCAUAGACGCUAAUAUACCAAAUUCCAUGGAGAACUUUACAUACUUCGGGAAUGACUAUCUGCAAACGAAGAACGAACAACAUAUGAUUUCGUACAGAUCCUUGCACAUUGACAAGGAUGCAAUUACGAAAAUUGAUGAAAUGGAUAAAUCUAGUGGAGUUCUGAAGGUGUGGUUCCUGCUGCUGGAUGGCUUGACAAACUCACUAAUUGUCUGUCCGAAUUCACACCAAGCACCGAUUUUGCAAACGAUCUUCAAACUCUUCAAGAAUCUAACCACAAGCCCUGGAAUUGACUUCGGUUUCUAUUGCAUCAAUCAUCUGCUGAUUCCGAUGAUUCAGGAUUGGUUACGUUACAUAAAUAAGACUGGAGCCAGCUGGCUGGCAAUUGAAAAGAACUUCAAGCACUGUUGUUGCAUGACCACAGAUCUGGUGGUCGAGUUCAUUGAGAAAUCAGAAACGAAAACAGGUGGAGUACCGAAGACAAGAGUAACUUCGCUGAUUCUUCCGGUUGAUAAUCUCAAGUAUUCGCAAUUGAAGUUGGUUAGUGACGGAGAUGGGUCUCCAAAUCAGGCGGGCGGAAACUCGUCGAGUGAGGAAAGCAACAUGAACGAUUUUCCCACGAAGAUAUCAGGGUCAGCAACGUUAGCGCUGAAGCAGUUGCUUCUAGUUCUGAUCGAGUGUUCAGCACAAGCACAAGAGACCAUAGCGAGGGUGGGAGUUUCUUGCUUAAAACACAUAAUCCUAUCCACCGGAACUCUCUUUAAUGAAUCACAGUGGAUGAUAGCCUGUUCAGCUAUCCAUAGAGCCUGCACAGUAACCAUCGCCCCCUUAAGGCAACUUUCUUUUGCAUUCCAUGAGAAGUCCAAUAGUUUCUACGGUGACUGCGCCAACGUCAAAGUAGCCGCAAGACGAGACAGCACUCUUGAUGAACUCUCAAGGAUCUACUCUCUAGCACAGCAAGUUUUUCUGUCCGAUAACCAAAGGGAGCCCGGAUCAGCCCGUGGCAGCACUCACCUGGACAAGCACCUAACCGAUGACAGAAGUUACUCGUUCCUCCUUUAUCCACUUAACAAUGGCUUCAAUUCAAAUCUCGAUAAUUUCGUCAUACGAAUACCGUUUAAGAAUCUAGUUGUAGGCCUUUUGGCAAACCAAAUGCUUCUCCAGUUAGUCGCUAAGCUGCUUUUAUCGCGAUUAAAGUGCGUUCCUCAAGCCGUAUCAACUUGCAUCUUUGACAAUUACUCAACGACAACGUCGAAUUCUGAGUACGAUUUGGAUUUCCGUUCUAAGGAAAUUUUAUUGCGUUGCGUUAAGCAGUAUUUGACCAGUUCCCUAGAGUUCGACUCAAGACCUGGCCUAAAGUUUCUUAUGCAAAAGGUUUCCAACAUUGAAUUUGCUGCGAAUCUUUACAAACAAAUGACCUCUUCGUGGAUGAUCUAUUACAUUGCAUUAGUCGAUUCAUAUCUGAACGAUAUUGUGGUCUAUAAUUUAGGACCCGAUGAUUUGCACUUUAUACUUGAGUCGUGUUCCCGACUCAACACAACAACCGUCAAAAAGAAGGAGAACUUUGUGCGGUAUCUGUUUUGUCUACAAGACGCCUGGAACCUGGUCUGUGAGUUGUAUCUGAAUAACUCAACAAUGCAUGAUGUCGAAAAUGGAAGUCUCAAGGAAGAGAAACGAACCAAGUCUCUCAAUCCUUUCCUCACCCGACAGAGCUCUCUGAACGAUGCCGAUCCUGGAAGUUCGUCUAGUCGCUCUGAAACCGCUGAGAGUUCACCUAUUAAGUCGCCCGAGGAGGACAGUGUGACCAUGACAACUUUAAUCAGUGAAUUCCAACCAAAAUCACGAACAAAUCCAUUCGACACUAAUCGUCCCCAAAAAUUGGAGUCCGAACAAAUUUCACCUGAAAUCGAACAACAGCGGGCCACAAGCAUCUUCAAGGACUCAAAUUACAAACGGGCCGCUCUGGCACAACUUGUUGUUGCUUCUAUGGAAUUGUUAAGAUCAUUGCCCGGUGAGGCAGAGGAGAAUUUGAAACUUCUUAUGACACCGACAAUACGUGAAGCUUUUCGUUUAGUUCAAUUGCAGGGUAAUGAGCUUAAGGUUAAUCAAUUUUAAAGCGAGGCUUUAGAAUACAAAUACAGACAAAAAAUAAAUAAAAAAUAAUGUAUGUAAAAUGAAAGAUCGAGGAAAUAAGAGUAUAAAAUAUAUAAUAAUGUAAUAAUAUAUGAUAUGUGUUAUAUUUGUGUAAUAUUUGUGUUUAACACAUAAUUUCUAUAUACAAAAAAAAGUAUUUCUUAUAUAGUCUUGUGAAGAGUUGAGAAUAAGUUAGUAAGAGAUUAGUUUUAAAUCAAAAUAUUUUUCUAAAUUGGAGCAGUUUUUUUUUUGGUAACUUUGAAACUUACUUUAGCUUUUAUCAAAAUCUUUCCUAGAAUCGUUUGGCAUAGUGAACUUUGUGCUUCAGAUGAUUUCUGAUUGGUUGUUAGAUUGGAUGAUAUUUCACGGUAAAUGUUGAACUUUAUUGUUAACAUUUUUCUUAUACAAGUACUUACCAAAUUCUUCAUCAAUUUUUUCGAAUUUUCAACAACUGUUUGAAAAAAUUCUAAAAUUAAGAAGAUUUGAAGAUUUUACAGUAAGAAAUUUCAAAAACUAAGUUAUUGA